UGCUCUCCUGUUGAAGAUUUUCUCUUUCUAUCCCUACAAAACAAAGCAAACAACCGCGCACCACACUACCUCAAAACCCGCAUCACUAUUCCCCUCCACACUCUAUCACCUCACCUCAUCCCACACUACACACAGUGAACACGAAAUUCCCAGCAUAAAAAAUGCAUUAUGUUUCGGAUAAGAAUUCUUUCACUGUUAUGGUGAGUUCAUCAAUGGCUUAUUCUCACAACCUGCGGUGCUAGCUGCUUUUCAUAAAAAGACUCUCUUUUUCAUUCACCCCUUUUUGUUAGAUUAAUGUUAUUGCAUGGCUGCUUUUGGCAUAGACGAUGAUGUUUCUUUCUCUUGAGAGCUAUUGGGAUCAUUUAAGUUGCGUUGAUAGAGGUCUUCCAGUGCCGAGUUUAAGCGUUGUCAAAAUCGAACAGAGCAUCUAAGCCGGAGAUCCAUGUUUUGCUUGAUGAAGGCAUAAUUUGAUACCGAUUUUGGAAGUGUUGUAUUUGGCAUUUUUGGAGUACCUUAGAUUGGAACAAUUUAUUAAGUAAGCAUACAUGGAUCAAAGGGAAGCUAUGGCGCUGCAAGGUUCGGCUUCCUAUUAUCUUCAUCAAGGAAAUGCCGACUCUGUCAUGGGACUACAGGGAUCCCCCGGCAUGAAUUCGUUGACUAAUCCUGGUUUGCAGUACCAAACCAACACAGGGAGGAAUAUGAUGGGAUCAUCGUUGCCUUUAGAUACUUCAUCGACAAUGUCACCUCACGGGAUGAGUGUUGGCCCACCUCCCGCGCUUGGUGUAGGUCCGCCUCCUGCUAUGAUGCAAGGGGAGCCUGUUCGUAGGAAAAGGGGAAGGCCACGGAAAUAUGGGCGUGAUAGUGCUGUUUCACUGGCAUUGUCGCCCUCCACAUCUAAUCCUGUGCCAUUUGUGAGACCAACUCAGAAGCGGAGAGGACGACCACCAGGGACGGGGAGAAAGCAUCAACAAAUCCCCCUUGGCGGAUCUAUCUUUACCGUGCCUGGAAAACUGGUCCCACGUAUCAUCAAUGUUGCUGUUGGAGAAGAUAUUAAAAGAAAGGUACUGUCGUUUGCACAGGGGCGGCAGAGCACUGUCAUUUUAUCAGGAAAUGGUACAAUAUCAGCUGUAAAUAUUAGAAUAUCAAGUUCUGGUGGGAGCGUCACAUACGAGGGACGCUUUGAUAUUUUAAGUUUAACUGGUUCAUAUGCACAAAAUGAUGUGAAUGCGCCUCAUGGCCCAGUCGGCUGUCUGAAUGUUACUCUGUCUGGUCCUGAUGGGCGUGUCAUAGGUGGUGGAGUCGAGAGUGUCAUGGUUGCCUGCAGCCCUGUUCAGGUUGUCGUGGCAAGCCUGCUACCGCGCACUUCAAAGAUGAAAAACGUUGCUGGGGGAACUUCAGCAGAUUCUGAAGAUCGUACAGUUGGGAAUCUCGUCAUUCCAGCCAAUGCUUAACCUAGCUCAGAAUCCUAGCUCAGUUUGUUAGGGAUAGAUAGCAAUUCCAUUUCUUAUAUUUUGUUCAAGUUAUUGACUUCAACAUCCAGCGAUGUCUGGAUGAAACCGCAUUAUUGAUUAGUCUUUAGCAGAGCAUCUGACUCUAACCAUGUUGCUACUUUACCUGACAUAGGUUGCACGAAUUCAGAUCUUUGUUAAUGAUUCAGUUCUUCACUUUAUA